UUUGUUGCGUUGUUGUUGUUGAUGUAAAUAAACUUCAGUCCCACUAUCUGGUGUGUGUGCAUCCGUCCCUAGUAAAAAGCGGCAUUGAACAAUGACCCGGUUUUACAGAACAUGGUUGUCAGCUCGGCUGGCUAAUCUAGAUGUAUAACAAAAUAUAAGAAUUGACGAGAAUUAGUUUUAAAUUAUACAGAUCAAGCAUUCAGACUCUCGCCUCUAUUUUGUUUGAUGUGGUUAAUGUCGAUCACGUGAGCUGAAAGAAAAAUCAAUUUUGGAGCAUAACCAUGUCUAUCCAUGGAUCAACAACAACAUCAUCAACAUCGACGACACCAACGACAUCAACAAACAAAUUCAACGUUUUUCGCACAAUGUCUAGAAUAGGGAAUAUACUUCCUCGAGCCUCUCGAGUCAUUCCAGGAAAAGAUCCCUCCUCUAUCAUAAAUUACGACCGAGUCGGAGCUCAAAAAGAACCUCGUAGUGUGGCAGCUUGGGCACAUCACUCCAAGAAUAGGAGUUCUCGAUUGGUCUUAACGCUAGACUUGAGCAGCGAAGCAACAGGAAUUCGUAACAAAUUGAAGAGUAAACACCUUCAUCCAUGGGGAACUUUUCCUGAUACACGAGUCGACCUCAUAGAUCCACUGCCUGAACGCAACUUUUAUAUGAAGAUGUACAAAGACGCCAUCAAUGAUUUUUGUUUAGAGGCUCCGUCUUCUUUUCCCAUGCGCCCAUCAACGAACUAUUUUGUGGCAGAGGAUCGUAGAGAAAGUGGCCUUGUUGAAGAAGAGUACGGAAACAGAGAUUACAUGGAGAGGAAACCUAAGCCGCCAACCACUCAACAUGCUUUAAUUAUGAUGAGUUUACCAAAAGCAUCGGUGGCACAUAAACUUCGUGAAUACUUUCUGAAGGUAUUCGGCAAAUUUCCAAAUGAAGAAGUGCGAACUAUCAUGAAGAGGUUGGAAAAGGAAAGAUACAAAGCUCAAAUUCCUUUGGGAUUUUGUAGAGAGAUGGGAUCUAGACAUGCUGAAGAGUCGAAGAACGAUCUUGCACGUGAUUUUGGGAGCACAAGUGGUAUUGAUUUGGGGCAUGCUGUAAGUUUGAGUUUAUGGCGCAGGAACUACCAAGUAAAUAUGGCAAGAAAAUGGGGUAAGCCAGAGCUGGUGGAUAUUGAGUGUCUAUAUUCAAGAGCUUUCAAAGGAACUGAAGAACAGCCUUCAUUUGUUUCAAUCGCUCCUGAAGAACAGUCUGUGGAAGAAGCACUUGACGAAGUGGCGACGAGAACUGAAUCAUAGACCAGCUCCCGUCCUAGGAGUAAGAAAUAUUGAGUCAGGAGGUGUUUUACGCCUGAAAGGAAGACACCAAAAAUUUGAAGAAAUCCUAGUUGGAGAGGGAAAUUAGACACUGGAACUAGGACAUUCAAGGGAAAAGCAGGUGAUGAUGUGUAGACUUGAAGCAAUCAAGCAGAACUUGAUGAGGCUGUGAAGGAGAUGAGUGGCGGAUUGAUAACACCGGUCGAAAAUAUUGAUCUUGGCCUGGUCGUGGUGCACUUGAGUCCGAAAGCACAUCAAAGGACUCACUGACUUAUGCUAAGAAGCUCGUCUGAAAUCUGUCACAUGGGGAUGCGGCAAAGGAGUGUAUUGUCGGGCAUGGUUAGAAUCAUGGAAACGCAGAGAACGAGACAAUUCCGCGGGAGAAGUGUUGUUUAUGCGGGUAGUUCAAUACGUUCAGCCAAGUAUUGAUACUCUUCGUUGAUGGGAGGCUGGAAAUCAGAAGGCCCAGGUGAAGACUCUUGGAAAAGAACUUAGUACUCCUCCUGACAAGAUGAUAAAUUUAGCUGUCUGGCCACGGCCAAAACUUGGCCUACCAGUGUAUUCAUAUAUCGCAUCACAUGCAGAGGAAUCGGAAGACCAUAAUCAAGACCACGACUUGGUCUAUGUUUCUACUAUUCUUCUUGGAUUUCCUUUUUUUUGCACAACUAAGUUUUGAGGACCAACAGCGACACUGUAGGAAAAUUUCCCGGGUUUCGACUGCUUCCCUCCAAGAAAUCAUAACACGUGCCUCUGC